AAAAACUGGUUACUUAUGUUCUAUGCUUUUGUUCUUCCCUUUCCUUUUCAGGUUCCUUUCUUUCUUUCACUACACGCGCGAGCGUCACCGCAAAAAGCUGCUGCUAUGGUGCAACUUGCUAUUCUAGACACUUGUAAACCAAUCAAGGCGAUUGGCAGAAGCAAAGGGGCUGUAAACCCUUUUACCGGCAAGCCAGUUGCCCUUUUCAAUGAGCAACCACCCCAGGAGGUGAAACCCGAAACCGAUGAAAAGACUAAAGUGUACUAUCAUGCAAAUGGAAAGCUAGAGUUUCUUCUUAUGAACCAUCAGCUAGGCCUUCGGUCUAUGCUCCAAUUUUUAAACAAGCAGGAGAAACUGAAAACUUACAAAAAUAUUGAAGUUCAUGAGACUGAAUUUGAAGAGCUACAGUUUCGUGUUGAGAACUUUGGCGGAGCAACCACCAUCGAGCGGAUCUUGAAGGUCAGAAUGAUGUAUAGUUCUUGAACCAUCAUGCCAUGGAUUGAUAUUAUUGUACUCCCUCCUGGAUAUGUGGAUUAAUCUUGUCAUAAAAAAUAAAUAUAUUUCUACUCUUUAAAAAAGAAGUAAUAUUUGUUACAAUUUUAGUAA